AUGUGCUACUACGGCAACUACUAUGGUGGCCUGGGUUAUGGCCACCGUGGCCUGGGCUGUGGUUACGGGUGUGGCUACAGUAGUCGCCGAGGCUGUGGCUAUGGUGGCCGAGGCUGUGGCUAUGGUGGCCGAGGCUGUGGCUAUGGUGGCCGAGGCUGUGGCUACGGCACGUAUGGGUAUGGCUGCUACCAUCCAUCCUGUUGCAGAAGAUACUGGUCAUACGGGUUCUACUGA